AUGCGUGUGAUCGAAAACAAUACAAUGGGGAAUAGCGAUCCAAACAAUCCGAACGGGGAGGAGUUCAAUGAGAACCAACUUGUGCUUACGCUUCUAGAGCAGAACAGGCUGCGAGAAGAGCAGAUGGACAAAAUCAUUAAUAAGUUGAUGGAUCAGAGAACAGUGACACAACAGUCCUCACCGAUGCUACUAAUCAUUUCGCAAACAGUAUUUAAUGGAAAAACCGGCGAUACUGACGUAGCUAAGGAAUGGCUUAACGCGCUUAAAGCCGUUGCAUUAAUGAACAAAUGGUCUGAUACAUGCAUACUGGAAACUGGUCGCUCACAUUUGGAUGGAGCCGCCAGAAAUUGGUAUUUGAGUCAUAUGAAUGAGUUAGAUAGUUUUGCGAAGUUUACGACUGCGUUUGAAGAAACAUUCACUAGUCAAGAAAGUGUAACCGAUACCGGGAAGAGGAUGAAUGGACGAGUACAAAAACGGGACGAAACGGUAUUUGCGUAUUUCCAUGAGAGGCGCUCAGCGCCAGAACAGCCUAACCCACAAAAGUGA